AUGAUCAAGAAAGCACCUAUCUCCACAAAGAUGGCUUCUGGUCCUUACAUGUGCAAGACUUUCUUGAACCCUAAUGCAGGGAGCAGAAUAGAUCUCGAAACCUGCAAUUCAAAGGACUGGCUGGAAGAGGAGAUCACUAACGCAGCCUACGACGUGCUCAACGCACCAAAGAGAACUUCUUUGAAAAGGAAAACUAACCUAUUCAAAUCAGCAUUCGUGAUGAGCAUCAGCCGGGUGUCUCCGAAGGAAGAGGAGGUGUACACCCUUGGAAAGAUCUGCAAGAAAAACAUCCCCAGCUUCAUGGACUCCGAUGCUUCUUUGAGCCCCCGAGAGGACAUCCUCUCCCUGCUGGAAGAGAAGCAAUCAACCGAUGAAAAGGCCGGAUCGUUACUCAGGCAAAUCAAGAAAUGCGCAGAGUAUCUGGUGGAGAAGCGACAGCGGCGGGCGCAGACGGCAAACUGGGAGCGGUUCGCGUUGGGCACUGACUACCGGUGCGGGUACUGUGCAGCGAAGGGCCGGGAGAAGACGUACGACCAGUACUUGCUCAUCGAGCAUCUCCAGAAAGAGCAUCGGGCGCCGCCGUCAGACGACGAUCGCUUUGAUACUUAUUGCGAGAUCUUGAGGCAUUUCCGAACAGAAGCUGUGGCUUAG